AAUGUUCGCAGGCAGGACGUCUGUGGUGGCGUUUACCCGGUUUGCUUAUCCUGGUGAAAGAUGGAAAGAUUCCUGAGGGUUAUAAAGGGGCACCCGGAUUUGCGGGGGAGGGGGCGCAUCUCCCCGACUUCUGAAAUGAGCAACCUGGAGUCCCCUUCCGCACGUGGCAGCUGGGCUUCUCAGACCCCGGAGGCGGACUCCAUUCUUCCCCAGCGGUCACGGGGUUGACCGUCCUCCUCUUUCCGUACUGGCCAGGGCUUUGUUCUAGAACCUUCCCCGGUCUGGCCGCACAACAGAAGUGAGAAGUGGGGGCCUCGGGAGAGGGGCUGAAGCUGGUUAUGCGAACCAGGAGAUUUAAGAUGCACAUGCCAGAGGCUGUUUCUCUCGGAGCAGAGAAGGUUGGGGGACUUCAUUCCAGGCAGGUGAGCGGCUGCUGCCUCAACCCCUGAGCACAGGUCACGGGGGCCCAAAUGGCGGCCGGAGGGCUGGCGGUGCGGUGAGCGGGGACGAUCUCCCACCAGCUAUCAUGAGGCAAAGGCACCCCCGAAUGGAAGCAGGCAGUGGAUCCGGCAGAGGGAGUGAGAGAAGGGGGCGCUGAGAUCUUCCUGGCCUGGAAAGGAGGGAAUUCCCAGGAAUCCCUCUACUGACUGGGCUAGCAAAAGCUUGAGUCUGGUAAGGUGUCAGCGUUUAGAUUUUUAUCCUCUCCACAUGGUGCAGUGUGUUUGUUCUGUGAACAAAGGAGAAUCUGAAUUCCCUGAAGGCUUGGAAGCACCCCCUUCCCCCAGUUGGCUGAGUUGCCCAGCACCUCAGCUCCUGGGGCCCCAAGUGAACUCCCCCAUCGGGGCCAUGGAGCCUCCUGGGGGCCUUUGUUUUGUUCCAGCCUCCCCCAGCGUUCCUUCCACCUCUGAGGGACCCCUUUCCAGGGGGGCAGCCCUGUGUAGGGCCCGGGCCUCUUUCAGGUCCAUAGGUGGUCCCCACUUCCCUGACUAUGGGAUCUAAACUCAUCAGCUGGGACCGCAAGCCCUGGCCUCCUCCCUCUGUGCUCCUCGGGUUUCAGUGUUUUGAGUCACAUCACUGUCUCAGAAGUGCCCUUCCUCUUCCUUUUCUCUCAUAAAGAUCUACCCCAGAGCACAGCCCUUUGAGGUCUUGUGGAUUACCCGCACCCAUCCCGCUCUGCGUGUUCCUUCCAUCUCCACCAGGACGGUCCGUGUGCUGGCUGGUCCUCUGUUCCUGUGCACGUGGCCUGCCCGUUCCGUUUUACCCUCCUCCAGGUCAAGGACGUGACACUGUCCUGUGCCCAGUUCCGUACAGAGCACACAGUGGGUGCUGAACCAAUGCGUUCUGCUUGAAUGAACUGGUCAUCACCAGUGGGUGGAAUCUCCACAGUGGAGCAAAGUAGCAACAGUACAGGAUUUGGGGUCAGACAGACAAGGGUCAAACCCCACCGCCACUUACUGGCUUAUGGUGCCCUGUCUGAACCUCAGUUUCCUCAUUUGUAAAGAGACAGUAUUUACCUCCCAGGGCUGUUGUGAGGAUUCACUGAGAUGCCAUUGAUGCUUUGCAAACUGGAAGGUGCUAGAACAUGUGUCAUCUACCCUGACCUCUCUUGGAAGAGGUCCUGAAUUCAUGUGUCCUGUCUCACACACAAACCUCUUCAGCCCUCAGAUGGAGGUCUCCUCUCCCCGGGGAAGCCUUGAGUGUGGGUCUGGCCUUGUCUGAGAUACAGAGAAGUAAACCUGGAGUGUGGAAGAUCCAUGACAACAUUCAAAGGAAGAAAGAUCAAUAGGCAGGGCCCCCACAUUUGAAUUUAUAGGGCUGUAAAUCCAGGGAGCAGCCUGAGUAGCCCCCUCCCCCUCAGCCUUCCACCAACACACUCCAUACAGACCUUGUCCUAAUGUUUCACCUCAUUGCUCUAGUGGCCAACUCAGCACCACCAUAUCCUAGCUGUGUGACCACAGACAAGUUACUUAGCCUCUCUGAACCCAUGUCAGAUGGGGAUGAUAAUAACCUCAUAGGGUUCUUUGGCAAAUUAAAAUAUAUGUUCUAUGUUAAGUGCUUUACAUGGCUCCUGGCACUAGUCAGGGCUCAAUAAAUGUUAGCUAUUAUUAGUAAUAAUAAUGACCAUUCUGAGUGCCCCAGUAAAUUGGUCCCCUCACUACCUUACACAGUUCAGUAAAUUAUUUCCUCAUGACCUUAUUAACCACUCACAUUAUCUUAUGCACCACUGGGUAUGCACCUGUAAAAGCCUUCCACUUUAUUUUAUUUACAGCUCUGCAUGUCCCCAUUACAUCUCUCUGUUUUGUGGCUACCUUCUCCUGUCUGUGGUACUCAGGCCUUCUCUUAGCCCAGGUGAUUUAUGAAGGACCCUUAACUGGAGCUAAUUGCUAUGAUAUUUUUCCCCUCAUGUUGAACACACAUCCUAUUAGUAGAGAAAUUGGUAAUUAAUUUUUAAUUUUUUUUUACUUUAAAUGUCUGCUGUGUGUGUGUGUGUUUGUGAAAGAGAGAGAGAGAGAGAGAGAGAGAGACUGAUUUUAUCCUUUCUGUCCAAAGUGUAUUUCCCCUGGAAGAAAUACUUUUGUAACAAAUGUGACUAGGAACACAGGACUGAAAAUAUGGAAAUUGCCUGUGGCACCAGCACUCGUGCAGGGAUGCAGCUGGUCUGGUGGGACAACGGCGUAUGCAGUGAGCAGAGGUGAGGGAGGGGAAAGUGAGGACAGACCGAGAGGAGGCAUGUGGACAGGAGGGCUCCACCAUGGACCUGUGGAGAGAAAGCACUGCUGGUGAGAUAUGAGUGGGGAACUUGAAAUCCUAGACAAAAACAAAGUAGCUGUGGUCAAGAACAAAGAAAGAUGGGGAAGAAAGGAGGAGAAAGGCCUUGGUACCUUGAACCCCAAGAGUGUUUGGUGGCGUCCUGCAUUUCUGCAGAGAGAAUUUCCACUUAACAGACAUAUAUCCCACCACUGCAAGGCUAAGAAAAGGACACAGGAUUGAAGGCUUGGGUGGGAGGUCACUAGAUGAGGCUGUAGGAGGAAACGAUUCUUUUGAAAUAUACUUUCUAUCUUGUCUUUUUCCAGUGCAUGUUAGCGUGUGUUUUGUAAUGCACCUGACAGGUGAGCAUGGUGGCAGGCUGGCGUGCGAUUUAGACCUAAUGUAUGUAAAUGGGGGGGCAUGCCCAAACACUUUUUACUGAUGUGUUGCCGGAUCCAAAAAGUUUUGCUUCCGUUCCCAUAAAGAUGGAGAUCUGUUGGGAGGCCAGGAGAGAGACGAUGAGGGAGAGCUGCUUCAUGAGAGGAUGUGGACAAAACCGUGGUUGUAAAGGAUGGGUUAGUGCUGGCGCAGGAGGAGGUCCCUGGCCCUGGGCCAGCAGUACACAUCCCUGGGCUCACAGCCCCUGCUCUGCGGCUCCAUCCCAGGCCUGGUCCCCAAGCAACUGCGCUUCUGCCGCAAUUACAUCGAAAUCAUGCCCAGCGUGGCCGAGGGCGUGAAGCUGGGCAUCCAGGAGUGCCAGCACCAGUUCCGGGGCCGCCGCUGGAACUGCACCACCAUCGACGACAGCCUGGCCAUCUUCGGGCCCGUCCUCGACAAAGCCACCCGCGAAUCGGCCUUCGUGCACGCCAUCGCCUCAGCCGGCGUGGCCUUCGCCGUCACACGCUCCUGUGCCGAGGGCACCUCCACCAUCUGUGGCUGCGACUCGCAUCAUAAAGGGCCGCCCGGGGAAGGCUGGAAGUGGGGAGGCUGCAGCGAGGACGCCGACUUCGGGGUGCUUGUGUCCCGGGAGUUCGCGGACGCACGUGAGAACAGGCCGGACGCGCGCUCGGCCAUGAACAAGCACAACAACGAGGCUGGCCGCACGACCAUCCUGGACCACAUGCACCUCAAGUGCAAGUGCCACGGGCUGUCGGGCAGCUGUGAGGUGAAGACCUGCUGGUGGGCCCAGCCCGACUUCCGCGCCAUCGGGGACUUCCUCAAGGACAAGUACGACAGCGCCUCGGAGAUGGUGGUGGAGAAGCACCGGGAGUCCCGUGGCUGGGUGGAGACCCUCCGCGCCAAGUACGCGCUCUUCAAGCCGCCCACUGAGAGGGACCUGGUCUACUACGAGAACUCCCCCAACUUUUGCGAGCCCAACCCCGAGACGGGCUCCUUCGGCACCAGGGACCGGACUUGCAAUGUCACCUCCCACGGCAUCGAUGGCUGUGACCUGCUCUGCUGCGGCCGUGGCCACAACACAAGGACGGAGAAGCGGAAGGAGAAAUGCCACUGCAUCUUCCACUGGUGCUGCUACGUGAGCUGCCAGGAGUGUAUCCGCAUCUACGAUGUGCACACCUGCAAGGCACUGGGAACGGGUGAAGUGUGUGGCUGGGCAGAUUCACCGAAGUCCUCUGGGAAGCGGGACCCAGAGCCGGGCUCAGCCCUCAGCAUCAGACAGCAAGGAAUCCGGACUGUUGCCAGAUGCACGUGUGGUAAAUUACCUGGAUCCAACCCGCCCGCUGCCUGGGAGGCCUCCCUCCCUUCUCUCUCAUCUUAAGUUUCUCACCCUACUCUGGAUGGUGUGUGGUUUUUAAAGAAGGGGCUUUCUUUUUAGUUCUCUAGGGUCUGAUAGGAACAGACCCAAGGCUUAUCUUUGCACAUGUUAAAGAAAAUAAAAAUGGAAAAAAAAAAACCCCACAGAAAACCACUUCUACUCCAACAGAACAGGCUGGGCUCAUGUGAGCGCUCUGCCUGGUGGUAAAGACAUCAACGUGGGCAAGAUUCUGUUUCCCAGCUGCUUCUUCUGGUGACAUUCCAAGAUGCCUGCGAGGUGAGAGUUAGGAAGUAGGACAAAGCCCUGCAGUCUCCUUUUCUCUGUCUACUCCCAUUCAAAUCUGAUAGACUUUCACAUUCUGAUAAAAGCCAUAGGUUUAGCUGGGAUCAAGUGGUAGGGAGGCCCAAGGCAAUCGUUAGAGUCAGGUUUUGAGUUUGAAGAACCGGGAGUUCCAGGCGGCCUGGUAAAGCUGUUUGAAGAGCAGCGGUAUGUUCUUCUCAGUCCCAUUUUCUCUGUAACCCUGUUCUGCACGAGAGGCUCUUGGGAACUGCAGUCAGAUCUCAAAAAUCUUUUUCUACCAUUCUGCAGUUUCCACCAUUAACGCAGUACUUUUUUUUUUUUUUUUUUUCUGUAGUGAACGUUGUAAAUAGGUUAUGUGUGUGGGGCAAGCCUCCUCUAGCUCCAAUGGCUUCCUGAAGAAAGUGGUAUCUUUAAAGGGGCCAUUCUGUCCCUCCCAGCCCUGCUCACCUGCAGAUUCUCCAUAAAAACAAACUCCAGGUUGAGCAGUUGGACUGUAGGUCACCUUAGUAUAAAUUAGACAAAGGGUCAGAGGGAGAGUAGCAAUAUAUUCCUGAAGUUCCAAUGUUGUGGCUAGUAGAUGGGGAGGAUACCGAUGAUUCCUUCGUUUCCUCUCCUAUAAGGACACGUCGUCCUGCAUCCUUGUCUUUCGUUGGCCUGCGUGAGGAAACAGAAAUGCAGAGUUCCUUCACACAGGUCUUCCGGCCUCACCUGUAUGCUGACAGCAUCAAUCCGUGCAGACACCAAGGAUCAGCAUUAGGUGUUCAAAGUGGGGCAAGCCGUCACUUGUUCCCUUGGGUAAAGCGUCUCACAGCUGAGUCCUCCUUGAUCCACACGGGUCCUCUGGAGUGUCCUAGAGAAAGCGAGCACAGUGGAGGCAAACGGGUCUGAUGGUACGAGUCAGUGCAACAGCUCUGCCUUAAGAGUCAGAAAGAAGAGAUGCAGCAGGGGCACAGUACAGAACACAGUGAUUUCUUCCUCUUCCCCCUUCUCUCUUUGCCUAACACUGACCUAAGGUACCGGGUCAAGCCAUCUUCCUAUGUGCUCAGGCAGGUUCGCCAAGACGAUUGGCUAGAAGCCAUGCCUGCACUCUUGAAUCUGCUGGCAGUGAGCCCUGCUAAAAAGAUACCCAUCCCAUCCCCUCUAGAGAGUCUGAAAUGCCCCUCCCCAUCUCAGACUGAAGUUUUAAAUCAUGUCAACCAGAUAAUGCUUGCUUUAUGUGAGAAUUCUUUCAGCAGAAUGGAUACAAAUUUUCAAAACAGUCUUUUCAUAUCUAUGUAUUCUGUAUUAAAAGUGAUAAAGUCAUGUUUCUGGGGCGUAUUCAAGUAGCUGACAAGUAAUUAUUUAAUAAUAGUACAUUGAGUGCAUUGUAAUUAUUCUCGCCAUAGUCAGGUAAUAGUAUCCAACAGAAAUUUCCUACCAACCUGCUGUAUCCAAAGUUUUGUAAAAAGUUGUAGAAGUUGUUGAUCUUUUUGAUUUUAUAUUCAAAAAGUCUCUUUUUAUAAAUAUUAUUUAUUAUACAAUGUAUAUACCUUUGAGUUAACUAAGAUUAUAUAUUAUAUAAAUAUAUAUAUAUUUGGAGAAAAUAUAUUUCAUCAUGCAGUUUUUUUCUGUUAAGUCAUUAAAGAGAAGGUAAACAAACUUAAAA